CUGAAAGUAUGCUGGUGGGGUGCUGCCACCAAAAUACAGGAGCUCGAAGUGAGCGGCCGUUUCCAUGCACCAAGCAUCGCUUCGGACCUUUAAUCGGCAGAGACGGACGCAGAGCAGCGAGAGGAGCGAGUAACGGUGGCGGAAAUGUCUAAUCACAGCACUGCUGCACCGGCGCUCAACACUUCCACCAUCCUUAUCGUGGACGCCGCCACCGUGAACGCGUCCACUUCGGGAGCCGCCCCCACCCUUCCGCCUGAGAUUGCGGCCAAUGACAUAACAUCCAGAGCAAAUUACUUCUACAGCUUUUUAGCGAGUCUGGGCUUCGUCGCGGGCUGUUUCCUGCUCUACAGCUUCAUUCAGACCUACAGGGCUCAGCGGCGCCUGGCCUGGCUGGAAUGUCUGCUCUGGGUCUUCUGUAGCUUCCAGCUGCUGCUGCUGCUCCUCUCUCUCCACAUUGUGGCCUACAGGCCCAGCUACAUGGAAACCACAGGUCUUGGCUGUGCUGUUCUCUCCUUCUUCAUCAACAUGGCUUCCCUGUGCGGCCUCCUGGUCUUAGUUCUUAUGGCGUAUGUCCUAACCUUUGACCCCCCGUCCCACGCCCUGCUGCGGAAGCCAAGGGUUUGUGGUCCUCUUGUGGUCCUGUCAUCUUUUCUGACCUGUUUGCUGCUGGCGGGGCUCAGAGGAACAGGCCGCGGAGCCCAGCAUGACCACAUAUGCAUUAUGGAUCCGGUCCGCGUUUCAUAUGCAGCGACCAAGAUGUGCCUGGUGUUUCUGGCUCCCUACAGCCUCCAAACGGGCCUGCUGAUAGUCGGCUGUGCCCGGCAGUGGAAGUCUAAGGGGCGCUUUCUGUCAGGCUCCGAGGAGGGUCCCAUGUUCCUGACGGUGACCGGGGCCAUGUUUUGCUGCUUGCUCUUCUAUAACGUGGUGCUGCUGAGAGGAGUGCAGGGACAGACCACGGGGGAGCGGAGCCCCAUGGAGCGUGCGCUUCACACCGUGGCGGAGUUGGUCCUGUUCUCAGGGAGCAGCGUCAGCCUCCUGCUGGUGCUGGCCAUCCGCAGGCCGUGUCGGGACAGUCUCGUCCAGGUGUUUCGGCAGCUGAGGGACUGCUGUCAGAGGCCGGGGCGCCCACAGCAGAACAGAAACAUCAUAGCCCCACACAUCGAGAUCGUAGACACACUGCAGGACAUAGAGAAGGACUCUUCUGAUGGAUAUUAAAGGCGUUUGAGAUCUGAUGUAUUCACCAGAAAGGUAUUCAUUUCUAAAUCUUAACAUGCUUUUGCCAUUUUAAGUGACUGUGUAGCUGUUUCGCAUACAUGUCCACACUUGAUGAAAGUGAAAGUAUUUUUUUUAUAAUUGUCUGUUUUGUAAUUUGUUUAUCUAAAAAAGCUAUUUGCCUAAACAUGUUUUGCACAGAGCACCUGAAAAAAACCUCAAAUCCUAAAAAUCCUCAUAAGCAAAGGUAUCAGAAAAAUAAUUAUAAGAUGGGAUGUGUAAAAACAUUGAUCUAGAUAAAUAUAUAUAUUUUAGUGCAUAUAGAUAUUUACAUUGAGUCGUCAUUUGAAGAGGCUGUAAAAUUAAAAGGUGUUGCUACAGAAGAUUCUUACUGUAAUUAGAAUUGAUCUCAAAUAAGAAACAGUGAGCUUAGACUGUCCUAUAUUCUAUUUGUUUUGUGUAAAUAUGUUGGUAGUCUGUUAUUGCAAAAUGUCCCCUGACUCCCAUAUUUAUAUAUUUUUACAUAAACAAACAACAAAACACCCACACAGGCCAUUUUAUUAGGUACACCUGUACUAAACCUAUCAUUCCUCAGUUUGCUAUCAGGAAGGUGUUAAUACUCAAUGUUUACUCAAUGUACUUGCAUUUUUUUUUGGCUGCGUGCAUAAAUGACCACCACCCAUUAAAUCAGUGGGUACAGCUGUUCAGGUUGCCAGUGAGUGUAAAUUGUAUAGUUACAGUGUUAAAAGACGAACUUGUUUUUGCAAUAAAACACAAAAUACAUAUAAUAAAACAAAUGAAAUAAAAAGUGUUGUCCUAUAGUCAAAGAAUUAAAUGGAACCUAUGAUAAAAAGGAAACUGGGGUUGCACGUCUGGCUUAAAAAGACACAAUUUCUCUUGUGCAUGUGUGCGCCCACAUGAUGUGCUUGUGUUUGUCGCUGUGGUGGGUGGCGGUUCACUGUGAGCUCUCAGUCAAAGGACAGGGACCAGACGCACAACAGCCAGGAAGCCUCGGUAAGUUAAGCUAUUGUCUGUGCGAGUGUUUGUUGCUGCCUGACUUACAAUGUCUUGUAGCUUUAGCAAAUUCUACAUUAUUUUAUUUUUAAGCAAACUGCAUAACUAUUAGAAUGUUUAAAGCUGAUUUUUAGGAAAUUUGGAUUAAAGAAGUGGAUCAAUUUCAGGAAGCAAGAGAGAAGUCUUAACAAAUACAAAUCAAAAAUUCAUGGUUUACGGCUUAAAUGCCUGUCCACCACUAUCACAAUUAUGUAUUCUCAUAAUAAACUAUAUGACAGAAAAAGAACCGGUCAACUAAAAGUGCACCGUGUAUCUAAUUAUGCCUGUGUCAUGUUUGUAUGAUCAUAGAUGCACUUUUUUUCCCAUUUUUAAUAUAUGUUUUUAAUUUUGUGGCUGGACACUGCGUAUAGAUGGCAGUUCACACACUGUCACUGUAUCUGAUGGAGCUUGAGAAGAUCUGCCUGGAAGAAUGGGAUAAACUACCCAAAUGCAGAACAAACAGUGGGCACCGGCUCUUCUGUCUCUCCAGGACGACCACAGUGCGGCAAGAGGAAACAGAUGGCACCUCGGACUCAACAGGGGCUAACGAUCCUCAGAAAGCGAACAUCUACGAAGACCUAAUGCUUCGCCACCACAAACACUAGCUCCAGACAAGGGCUGCAAUGGAAUAUGGACAACACAAUGUACCCAGGUUACGGGGUAAUGAUGGAGUAUAACUCCACGGUACACAUUAAUGGCACUCGUGUAGUGGUGUCUGCAGGUUAUCUGCAGGCGGCUACAGAAAACCAUCAGCAGUACAUUGUUGGCCUCAUCCUGUCCAGCCUCUACACCAUAUUCCUGUUCCCUGUUGGCCUGAUUGGGAACAUCCUAAUCCUAGUAGUCAACCUGGAUCACAGCGGCCACUUGACAGCCCCAGACCUGUACUUCGUUAACCUGGCUGUUGCCGAUCUUGUGCUUGUGGCCGAUUCAGUGAUCGAGGUGUUAAACCUAAAGCAGGGGUACUACGACACGGCCGGCCUUUGCACGUUUAUGAACCUCUUCCAGCAGGUCAACAUGUACAGCAGCGUUUUCUUCCUCACCUGGAUGGGCUUUGACCGGUACGUUUCGCUUACUGGAGUCAUGGGUCGCAGCAUGCCGCGGGCACGCCUCACCUGCUGCCUCGUCUGGGCGUCUUCGUCUUCGCUCACCCUGCUGCCUUUCGCGAUAGCUCAGGUGCAACACGCUGGAGAAAGCCACUUCUGCUUUGCCAACGUGACACAGAUCCUGUGGCUGGAGGUGAUGCUGGGGUUCUUACUGCCUUUCUGCAUCCUGGCCCUGUGCUAUUGGAGAAUAGCCAAGGUACUUCUGCACAGCCAGAGGGUGCAAGUCGGCGCCCAGCAGAGGCCUUGCAGGCAGAAAGCCCUGCGCAUGAUCUCAGCAGCAGUUCUGGUGUUCUUUUUCUGCUGGCUUCCGGAGAAUGUGUUUGUCAGUAUUCACCUUCUGAGGGCCAACACAGGCAGCAACACACUGUGGCAGGACUACCCCCUGACAGGACACGCUGUAAGGCUGGCUGCCUUUUCAAACAGCUGCCUGAACCCACUGAUCUACAGCUUCCUCGGGGAGACCUUCCAGGUUAAAAUGAGGGUUUUCCUCCAACAGAAGGGCAAAAGGACUAAACACAGGACAUUCACAGGAAAGUCCAGCUAUAUACCAGCAGCAAACACAUGUACACAUGUAAUAUGUGACGGACCAAGUCAGUUCACAAGAUUAAGCUCCAACAGCCUUCUACGAACUGUUUUACCAGACUCCAAUACAUCCAGUACGUAACACAGGAAAUGUGACAUAUAUUGCUGCUAUGACCAUGAAGACAGUCAAUAAAAGUGGGACAAUGUGGCAGAACAUUGUAUGAUGUUAAAUGUAUUAACCAAUAAUUAACACAAAAUAAUGUACAUUAAAAUCCAUCAUACAUACAAAUGUAAUUCUUGCAACAGCAACACAAAUCAGCUGUCGGAGCCCAACUGGCUACUGAAAACAUCAUAAAACAUUAUAAGAAAAUGUAUUCUUACCUCAUU